GAAAAAAAAGUAAGUAAGGGCCCCCAACCUAUUCUCUGUUCUCGAACUCCGAAAGCAAGAAAGAACAACUUCGCAACGAAGCUUUCUGUCAAGAUGGCGAGAAAUGGAGACGAAGAGAGUUCGCAGGGAUCUUCCGCACCGUCGGUCAGGAUUAGGUCACGAGCAGACCCUUUCUUAGUCGUCUGCAGAUGCUUCAGCGUCUUGACUUCCUUAACAGCGAUUCUCUGCAUUUUCGUCAAUGUUCUCUCUGCUGUCAGAUCCUUCAGGAACGGAUCUGAUGUUUUCGAUGGGAUUUUUCGCUGCUAUGCAGUUGCUAUCGCUGUCUUUGUGGUUGUUGCUGAGACAGAAUGGGGAUUCAUUUUCAAGUUCUGGAAAAUACUGGAGUAUUGGGCUGGAAGGGGCAUGCUACAGAUCUUUGUUGCUGUGAUGACAAGAGCGUUCCCUGAUGCCAAUGGAGCAAGAAAAGAUCUUGUUCUCCUUCAAAAUAUAGCAAGCUAUCUGCUUCUUGCUUGUGGUCUGACCUAUGUUGUUUUGGGUGCAUUGUGCAUUGGCUUUCUUAAACGUGCUCGUCAACACGAAAAGAUUACAAGGGAGCAAGCAUUCAAAGAUUUGGAGGAAUUGGAGCGGCGAAGGCAGGAACUUGAAGCAUUGCUUGUGACAGAAAGGGUUUGAAACAGAACUUAAUGGGCAGCAAAGGACCACUCGACUUGUGAAGCUUGAACCACAAACAAUUGAUCAAGGAGAAAAGGGAGGGAGGAGGUGAAAAGCUCAAACUAGCAAGCUAGGGGUGAGGAAAUCAUGAGUCUUGCAAACCUCUAUUAUACACGUUUCAUGUUUGUGCAAUUUUUUUUUUUCUUUUUUUUUCUUACUGAUUUCAGAUAUGGUGGUUGUAUCUGAGAAUUCAGAACUUCCACAGGAGCUGAUCCUUUGCAAAUUUGUAUAGAUAAUCACCUAUUAAAAAGGUGUAAAUAAUAACUCAUUCUUCAAUCAUUUGAUUUCAAUUGUUA